AUGAGAAGAGUAUUGGCUUGUGCACGAUGCCGUGGGCACAAGAUCAAAUGCGUGCACAACAACGAGCCACCCUGCUCUUACUGCCAGCACAAAGGCAUAGCGGAGAAAUGCGUGUUAUCAUUUCCGCCCAAGAAGAGGCGCAAGAAGCCGGAACUAUACUUAGAAGGGGUUGGCAUGGCGCUGGGCGGGUAUCCGGUGCAGCAGUUGGAAACUGCAGAUCUGCACGAGCAUAAAGCCAGAGCGGACGGCUCUGAUGAAAGCCAGGCUCCUGUGCAUGCGCAGGGACUAUACGAUCGGGAGCAAGCUGCGCAGAUGUACGAGCUGGGCCAGCAGAUGUACUACGGGCUGCCCAGGGCGUACUCGACGGGUUAUGUCGGAGUAGGUGCGGAAGGGUUCCAGGGCGGGGUGGAUCUCCGGCCAAGUGGCCAGCCCGGAGUCGAAGCGGAGACAGAUGCGACCACAUGGGAGCCUGCCAUGACGUUGUGGGAGCUGGUCCGCCAGGUGCCCGAUGCAGUGGUGCAACGUGCAGUGGAGGAUAUUGUGCAGUCUUUUCCCGAACUGCGGCUGUUUAACAUGACAACGCUACACGAGGACAUACCACGCAUGGACGCGGUACUUGUGGGUGCUGUUUUGGCGCACGCCAGCUUCUUCGCGCCAUGUAAUGAGGAUGACCCUGCCUCCCUGGUCCCGACUAGUCACUGGCUUGGUGUGCACACCUAUAACGUCAAGCACGCGGUUUAUGAGAAGCUGUCGAUGGCUGCUAUAUCUGCAAAUGAGAUAUUUAUGGAGCCAAGUUUAGAUUUGGCAUCGGCACUCUUGCUACUCUCUACUAUCAAGUGGAGUCAGAGCCAACACUACGCAGCGUGGAUGUUGCAUACCUGUGCCGUACGCAUGAUCCAGGCGCUAGUCUAUGAUGAGCGGUUCGUGCGCAAAUGCAAGGGCUCUCCAGUGGUCCAAGAGAUGAGAUGGCGCACAUACUGGUGCGCCUUCCUGCUCGAUCGAAUGAUAUGCGCCGGAGAGAAGCGUUGUUUUGUAGUCGCCGACUAUGAGAGAUACCCCCUUCCUGUCCCAGAACGCGUGCUAGCUUCACUAUCAGCAAAUGAAGCUGGCGCGGUCGCCGACCCCGAGGACUGCCGCGGUGUCCAUCAGUUUGAAAAGGUGACGCUACAAAAUUGCUACGAAUACUUCACGAAGUUCCCUGUUUCAGGCGCUGGUAUGGAAUACGCUUUUCUUGUUAAAAUAUACAGUAUCUGGGGGGAAGCAUACCGUUAUACCGUUGGUCAUGGGGACUUCAAUUCAGAUAAACCAUGGGAUCCAUAUUCACCAAUAGGCAAAAUUUGGAUGGAUCUAAAGCACUGGAGGGAGUUUUUGCCUGAAGAGUGUAUCCGCUCCAUAGAGCAUGAGAACUCCGAGCAGUUCAUUAGGAAGGAUGCCAUCUAUCAUAUGAUGCACUGCCUUUACCUGCUAACUAUUAUUUUCCUGACUCGAAGAUAUAUGCCGUUCUUGCCACGCUCAUGCGAAAAGCCCUACUGUUCCGAAUUUGAAUCCCCCCCAGACGAGCAUUACUGGGAAGAGAACGCUAGACGGUCCUUUAAAGCUACGCGUGAAAUAGCUCAAGUGCUUGGGAUGCUACUGGACUAUGCUUUUAGUUCGCCCGCUAAGCGUCCAUACCCUGUUCUAACUGCUCCCUUCUACAGUUUCGUGGCGUUCACAUGCGCUACCCAAUGCAACUAUGGGAUCCAUUUCCCAUGGAUGGAUCCAGAACAUCAGCUUUAUGAGGGAGAUACUAAUCGUCCUACUUCUUUGGUAUUCGGGUUGCGGAAGAUGACACAACUGCUCAACUUCAGACAGUCCUUCUGCCGUAUCACUAAAAACUGGUUUUCCACGAUGUUGAAGCAGCAAGAGCUAUAUAGGAACGUCUGCAGUAACGGCAACGCGGACUUCAUAAGGUUGGAAAAAUACAGCCUCAACAAGCUCAAGGAAGUGUUGCAGCCUUCAGCGCUUGGCCACGCGCCCGCAGUUGGCAGGAUUGAGUUGCCUGUUUCUAGAAACGAAAAGCAUUAUAAGCUCCUCGCCAACAACCCUAUGACGUCUUCUCCCUCACAUACGCGGUCUUUCCUCUCAUCUACGAUAGAAAAUACAGCUCAGAGUGUACUACUCCAACUGCCUGAAAUUGUCGCUCCAAAACAAGGCUCCUACGUCACUGAGAUGCAGCACAAUGACCAACAGUCGGCAUUCCCUCCUCCGCAGGCAAUGCACCCUGUUCCCUCUACGCAAUCUAUUAACAUCAGCAGUGUGGCAGGCUUCCACAAUCCAUCUGCUACCGCUUAUGCAGUUCCUGAGAGCUCCCUACCCGCUAAUAGCAUCAGUAGCUGUCUCAGUUCCGACCACUCUGCCCGCAGCGAGCCGCCCAUCGCAACUCAGCAAACUCGCCCAGAAGUGGAAAAAAUGACGCUUCUAUUCAAUGAUCAGGAACUCGAUCUGCUGCUACAAUUCACGGUAUGA